AUGUGGGGGAGGUCAGCAGUGGCUCUUGCCUCGUUGGCUCUCCUGCCUUCGGUUCUCGGAGCGGAUAUAUUGAAAACAGAUGGAUUCACAAACUGUGCAAAUGGAACUGGGACCAUCAAAGUAAACAAUGUCGACAUCUCGUUCGACCGGGACACCAACAAAGUCAACUUUGACGUCUCUGGAGAAAGCACCAUCGAACAAGAAGUUAUGGCAGAGCUCGUCGUCAGCGCAUAUGGAGUCGAGGUCUACCGGGACUCGUUCGACCCUUGUGCUGAGGAUACCAAAAUCGAUGAAUUAUGCCCUGUCCCCGCCCGGGCCUUUAGCGCAAAGGGCUCACAAGAAAUUCCUUCCGAAUAUGUCGACAAAAUUCCUUCCAUUGCAUACUCGAUUCCCGAUCUCGAGGGCAGUGCUCAAUUGUUCCUGAAAGGAAAAGACGGGUCUGAAAUCGCUUGUAUCCAAGCCGGGGUGAACAAUGGCAAAACCGUUGAGGUUCCUGCUGUGUCCUAUGUUGCGGCAGCGAUUGCCGCUGCCGCUGCCGCUGCUUCUUUGAUCGGAGCUGCGGCCAGUGGUGCCCACCCCGGCUCAUCCACAUCCAGCCCUGGAUUUUCGGAAGUGAUCUUUUGGUUCCAAGGCAUGGCCAUGAACGGCAUGCACUCGGUUCCUUAUCCGACUGUCUAUCGCAGUUUCACCAAGAACUUCGCAUUCAGCACAGGCCUGAUCUCAUGGGCUGGCUUGCAAAAAUCGAUCGAUAGCUUCAGAGCAAAGACUGGCGGCGAUCUCACGGAUUCCAGUUAUGAGUUUUUGAAGAACGCGACUCUUGUCUACCCUGACAAUUCGACAUCUUCUGCCUCGUCUACAUUCAAGAAGCGGGCCUUGCUAUUCAUGCGUCAAAUUGACAUCUCCAACGAUACCAGCAGCUCGACCGGUGGGAAUGAAAAGCAGCAACACUUUGUUGAGGGUAUUCAGGGUUACGUUGAACAACUCACCAUUCCUGAUGCUAAUACCUUCAUGACGGUGCUUCUUGUCUUCGCCAUCGUUCUCGCGGCUAUCAUUGUUGGAAUCCUAUUGUUCAAAGUCAUUCUCGAAGCAUGGGCACUGUUUGGAAAGUUCCCCAAGUCCUUGACCACAUUCCGAAAGGAGUAUUGGCGCGUCAUUGCACAGACAAUCGUCGCGCUGAUUCUCCUGCUUUAUGGUGUCUGGACGCUGUAUUGCAUUUUCCAGUUCACCCAUGGCGACUCGUGGGCGGCAAAACUGCUCGCGGGUGUGACUCUAGGCGUAUUCACGCUCAUCCUAGUUUUCUAUACCUGGAAAAUCUGGAGUGUCGUGAAUAAGCUCAAGAAGAUGGAAGGCAACUCCCACUCCCUCUACGAAAACAAGGAGAUGUGGAAAAAAUACAAGACGUUCUACGAGAACUACAAGCGUGGAUAUUGGUGGUUGUUCAUUCCAGCCAUCGUCUACAUGUUCGCCAAAGGAUGUGUCUUGGCUGCAGGCGACGGUCACGGAAUGGUUCAAACGAUCGGUCAACUAUCAAUCGAAGUCAUUAUGCUUGGUCUCCUGCUCUGGACUCGUCCUUAUGAGCGCAAGUCGGGCAACUGGAUCAACAUCAUCAUUCAAGUGGUGCGAGUCUUGUCGGUUGUGUGCAUUUUGGUCUUCGUGCAGGAACUAGGCGUCGCUCAGACCACAAAGACCAUCACCGGUGUCGUCCUGAUCGCCGUCCAGUCUGGUCUCACAGCAAUCCUGUUCUUGCUCAUCCUCAUCAACAGCAUCAUCACAUGCUUCAAGCAGAACCCGCAUCGCAAGCGUCGCAAGGCUGCGGAGAAGAAUCUAUCCCGAGAUCUGGAGGGAGACGCCUUCCUUAUGCAACCAAACCCCUACAGUGCCACUCCUCCAAGCCACAGCCGCGAGGUGUCCAGAGACUCGCCAGGUUACGAGCCAAUGCGCGACCGUUUUGGCAACCAAUUUGACGACAGCCAAGAAGCCCUCGUCAAAGGUGCUGGACCCAUGGGUACAUCGCGCUAUCAGAGCCUGGGUCAGGCCAAGAGUGGUCACUCCAUCAGCCCUCCACCCUUUUCCAGGGAGCCGAGACUGCCUGAUCUUGGAUAUGAGCAGUAUCGACACCGAUAG